CUUUCUAUAAAAGAGAUCAGGAAUUCGUUUCUUAUCAUGGUAUCUGAGACUUGAUAGUCCUGACCUAUUUAUCUUGCAGAAACUUAAUAACUUGAUCCUUUUCAAUGAAUUCUCUACGGAAGUCUGUCCUAAUCACCGGCUGCUCUGCUGGUGGUAUUGGCGGAGCAUUGGCUGAUGCGUUUCACGCCAAAGGUUACCACGUCUUCGCAACUGCACGUAACCCAUCAAAAGUCUCCCCGAGUCUCUCCAGUGCGGCAAAUGUCACGGUUCUAAAGCUAGACGUGUUAUCCACGGAGUCGAUCGCCGCUGCUGUUGAAAGCGUCAAGAGCCAAACCGGUGGUGGGCUCGAUGUUCUCGUCAACAACAGUGGCGGAGGCUAUACUUUACCGGCUUUGGAUGUCUCGAUUGAUGAGAGCAAGAAGCUAUUCGAACUAAACUUUUGGGCUCCAUUGACUAUGCUUCAAGCCUUUGCUCCUCUUCUAAUCAAGACCAAAGGAUGCAUUGUGAACAAUUCCUCUGUUAAUGCAAUCGCCCCUAUGCCGCUCAUGAGCAUUUACAACAGCUCCAAGGCUGCUCUUCUCUCGGCCAGUGAGACAUGGCGUCACGAACUUCAACCUCUCGGAAUUCGUACUAUUACCCUGCUUACCUCCGCGGUCAAAACCAACUUUUUUUCUGAACAUCCUGCGGCCGAUGUACCUGAUGAUUCCCAGUACUUUGAGAUUAGGGACUUCAUUCAUGGCCUUGUUGAUGGCCGCAUGCAAGAGAAUGGAAUAAGUGCGAAGCAGUAUGCGACUAAAGUAGUCGGUGAGGUCGAGAAAGGCACAGUCGGAGUGGUCUGGGCCGGCAAAGAUGCUUCUACCCUUCGUCUACUAUCGUGGCUGUUACCACAGUCCGUUUUUGUAAGACUUGAGCUAUCUCUGAUAUUGGAUGGAUAUCUAAUUGAAAGGGUAGGAUAUGAUAGUGCAGAGCGUCAUUCCGAUUGCUCGUGAGAUGGC